AUGCCACUCAUUGGGCACGUGAGACUGAUCAUCCGCCUACCCCAGAUUCGCUGUGAUAGGGAGACCCCAUGUGCUCACUGCCAACACGCCGGCAUUGAGUGCAAAAGCACGUCGGGAUUGAAGCCCAAGGAGAAGAGGACUCGCAUUCUUAUUACCCCUCAAUAUGAGAAGAAGAUCGAUCUCAUUGACCGUCGUCUUGAUGGUGUCGUGCGUCUCCUUGAAGACCUCAAACUACAACUACCAUCGGCUGCAACAGCGACCGUCUCGGCCCCCUCUGCCUCCGCUAUAAACCCCGCCCCGCUUCCGUCCAAGUCUGUCGCUACUUCUACUUCAACACCAACCAGCCAUGCCAACUCAGUGCUGGCGUCUGGCCCCAUGGUCGAGGGCGAGUCAUCCAUGACGGCUCAAUCCAUAUUUGCCCAUGAGUUUCUUCGUAAAACCGUCGGCGAUGGCCCGUCUGUCCUGGAGAUGCGGGAAACGCUAGACGCACUACACUCACUUGUUGAAGCACUUAAGCAACAGCCUGCCUCUCACGAGAUGACGUAUCCCCAUGCCAGACAUUUGCCCCGGCCUUCCUUAAGCGACUGCGAGAUGCCCCCGGUACAGUCGGCGGUUAGCGUCAUACGUGAGGCAAAGGCUCAACGGGUUCUUGGUGUGCAAUGGGUCUACAACUUUCUCCAUAUGGACCAUUUCACCGACCUAUGCCUCAAGGUAUACUUCGCGCCGAAUGAGUUCAACGAAGCCGAGUUUAUCAUAGUAAACGCCGGGCUGCAAAGCCUCUAUAUGGACAUGGAGACAAUCGGAACGUGCACGCAGCAGCAAAAGGAAGAAUAUCAUAAGAUGAGCAGAGUAUGUCGUGGUAACCUCGAAACUGCACUCGCCAACCUCCCCUUGCAUCUACCGGCUACCAUGGACAUGAUCGUGGCACUAUUAUUUGGAUCGUAUCACGCCGUCGAAGUGGCCAAGCCGUCUCUGGCAUGGACGUUAAACUCAGCGGCGGCUCAGCUAUGUCAAAGCCUUGGGUAUCACCGAAUAGCGUCCGUCAGGAGCGGUAAUAGGGACGACGAGGAUUACAAGAUUUUCCUUUUUUGGUCCGUUUACUUCGUCGAUAAGAGCUUGUCUCUACGCUUGGGACGCCCCUCCACAAUCCAAGAUUACGACAUAACCGUCCCCUAUCCGUCCAGUGCCAGCCAGAUGCACGGUUCUUUGAUGAGCUACUUUUGCUUAUGGGUCAUUGUGUCUGGUAUACAGGGCAAGACGUACGAACAGCUAUACAGUCCUGAGGCAAUAUCUCAGCCUGCCUUGGUCCGUGAGGGUCGCGCUCGUGGCUUGGCUGCGGAACUCCAGCGCGUGACGGAACGCACGCAAGAAACCCAUGCACAAUAUUUAAAGGCAGCAAUCGAUGCUGUUGGCCAGAACACUAUGGAUUUCUUCAAUGUUUCUGACGAAGUUUUGAGACUGUCGUUGCUGACCAUCAUCUAUCGAGCCGUGCCGUCACCACCGGGCUCUCCUACGACAUUCAGCACAGAAUGCAUUGACGCAGCAAGAGCGACCUUGCAGAGGCAUCAGGACUGCGUAGAGAUCAUGGCCAAAGACGGCUAUUAUUUGUUCCCGAUGUAUAUGAACUGGACAAUUCUUUUCGCCCCUUUCGUACCGUUCAUCGUGAUAUUUUGCCAAGUCAUGGAAACCAGCGAAUCGGAAGAUCUGGCUCGGCUUCAGGCCUUUGUUGACUCGAUCCAGGCAGCCAAAGAAUUCACCGAGGCAUCAGCAAGGCUCUACCGCCUCUUCCAGGUGCUUUACAACGUGGCUUUACGGUAUGUCGAGUUGCGGAACAACUCGAAGAGGUCGGAGCAGGCGCAGGCCACCCAAGAGAUGGAUAAGUAUCUCGCGGCACUCGGGUUCCCGCCGUCGGGGCUGGUCGGAGGAGCCGACCGGCAGACGGCCGAAGUGGGGAAUACGGAGCAAAUUGGGUCGCUGGGCGAGGAGGGAAUGAACCCCACUGGAUCGGGCCCGCUCAGCCAGAUGUUGUGGAUGGGAAAUGCAUCGCAGCUGGAAGAUUGGUUCUACAAUAACCAACAGAUAAUGGGGCUGGUGGAGGACGAUGCGUCGCUGUUUCAAUGA